GGCGGGGUCCCCGAGCCCCGGGCCGAGCUCUCGGCCCCGCUCUCCGGCUGCGCCUUAAAUCUGCAGCGGAUCACGUCUACACACGAGAGGGGACGGAAGUGUGUUUGUGUGUGCCCCCAAAUCAGUCACAACCAGGGAGAGGCAGCGCUCGCGAACGAUCGAACGGGCCCCCACGCCGGGCUCCGGCCUGGCUGCGCAGGGCAAGGGAGAGGCGGGCGGCGCGGCGCGGCUGGUGGCCGGAGGUAAAAGUAGCAGAAUUUCACAAAAGAAUCAAAGAGGCAUUUGAAGUGUUUGACCAUGAGUCGAAUAAUACAGUGGAUGUGAGAGAGAUUGGGACAAUUGUCAGGUCGUUAGGAUGCUGCCCCAGUGAAGGAGAGCUACAUGACCUGCUUGCAGAGGUAGAGGAAGAAGAACCCACUGGAUACAUUCGCUAUGAAAAAUUUCUCCCAGUGAUGACCAAGGUACUUCUGGAAGGAAGAUACAGACCAAUUCCAGAUGAUGUCCUUCUUCAGGCUUUUGAGACUUUAGAUUCAGCUAAACGUGGAUUUCUUACUAAGGAAGAAUUGAUCAAGUAUAUGACUGAAGAAGGUGAGCCUUUUUCUCAAGAGGAAAUGGAAGAAAUGCUGUCAGCUGCAGUUGAUCCAGAAUCAAAUUUAAUUCAUUACAAAGAUUAUAUAACAACAAUGGUGAUAGAUGAAAAUUAAAUAUUCUAAAGACUUAAAAGAGAAUUUGAAAAGCUGCUUGUCCUUGUUAAUUUCACAUUUUAGCUUGUCAUUCCCAUACUAAUUAAAUAUCCAUUAAAGAUAUUUACUAAAAAAAAAAAAAA